AGCUCACGAUCCGAGCCUGGGGCGGGCGGGGGUCGGGGUCAGGGUCGAGGCCGCUCUGCCUGGCUGCGGCUGUGGGGCUAGACUUGGGGUCAGGGCCGGAGAGAGCCCUGGGGAGACGCUCCCGGGAGCAAGUCCUGAGAUUAUGAGGCUCUGGCCUCCACCAACUGCUUACCCGUGACUUCCUCCACCACAGUGGAACGCCCCAGGCCCACCUCCUGCCGUGUGGUCAUCUACCUGCAGCGGGAGAUGUCCGGAGACACCUGCCUGGCUGGCCUGUGCCCAGCCUCAGGGUCUAAGCCCAAGCCAGGGGGCUUCAAGGGCGGGGGGAUGGGCAACAAAUACAUCCAGCUCAACGUGGGCGGCUCCCUGUACUACACCACGGUGAGGGUGCUCACCCGGCACGACACCAUGCUCAAGGCCAUGUUCAGCGGACGCAUGGAGGUGCUGACCGACAAGGAGGGCUGGAUCCUCAUAGACCGGUGUGGGAAGCACUUUGGCACCAUUUUGAAUUACCUCCGAGAUGACACCAUCACCCUCCCCCAGAACCGGCAAGAGGUCAAGGAGCUGAUGGCAGAAGCCAAAUAUUACCUCAUCCAGGGUCUGGUGGACAUGUGUCAGGCGGCCUUGCAGGAUAAAAAGGAAUCCUAUCAGCCCGUGUGCAACAUCCCCAUCAUCACAUCCCCAAAGGAGGAGGAGCGGCUCAUUGAAGCCUCCACUAAGCCUGUGGUAAAGUUACUCUACAACCGAAGCAACAAUAAGUACUCCUACACCAGUAACUCUGACGACCACCUGCUUAAGAACAUUGAGCUGUUCGACAAACUCUCCCUGAGCUUCAACGGCCGAGUGCUUUUCAUCAAGGACGUCAUUGGAGACGAAAUCUGCUGCUGGUCCUUCUACGGCCAAGGCCGAAAGUUGGCUGAAGUGUGCUGCACCUCGAUCGUCUACGCCACCGAGAAGAAGCAGACAAAGGUGGAGUUCCCAGAGGCCCGCAUCUAUGAGGAGACGCUCAAUGUCUUGCUCUAUGAGACCCCCCGAGUCCCUGACAAUUCUUUACUGGAGGCCACCAGCCGCAGCCGCAGCCAGGCCUGCCCUGGUGAGGAUGAGGAGGCCUUUGAACUACGAGACAGAGUCCGCCGCAUACACGUCAAACGCUACAGCACCUACGAUGACCGGCAGCUCGGCCACCAGUCCACCCAUCGGGACUGACAGCCCUCAGGGCAGUGGGACCCAGACAGCCUAGGCCCCCCCUUCUCUCUGGUGCAUCCAAGCCAGCGACCCUUAUUGGGUGAGCGUCCACCUCGGCCCUCAGGGGUGGGACAGAGGCCUCCAGAGAGGCUCAGGGGACUGGGAGGGGGAAGGGCCUUCCUCCCACUCCCCUGCUUUUGCCCAAGGGGACCAAGCCAGGCCCACCAAUGGCCCAGUUAGCCCUUUUCCACACCUGCCUGGUCUUCUGGCUUGACGGCCCUAGGGCACUGUUCAACAGAUCCCAGCCUUGUAGCCUGAGCAUCAACUUCUCCCAGCACUCUGAAGCUGACCCUGAAGCUCUAGACUUUGGUUCUUCCUUUUACUCUCAUACUCUUUAACGGAUCUUCUUGCUCUUCCCAAAAAGUGUUGGGGUGGGGCACUUCUUCAGAGCCUAUUUCUAGGAUUGAGAAGGGGACUGAGGACUCGAUGGUCCACUAAGAAAUUUCCAGUCACAGGGAUAAGCAGCAGCUUUUUGUAUGAGGUAUCUUAAAUUCCGUGAUCUGAAGGAUCCCUGUUCUCUUAAGUCAUUGGUGCAGUUUCUUCAGAGUUCUUCUAAUUCUUUUGCAAAAAGAUAUCGGUCCAAAUUCAUCAAAUUCUUACCAGAAAAACAAGUAGGGUUAAUCUUCCCAUGUUUUCCUUUCUUCCCCCCCCCCCCCAUCUCGAAUCCUGAUCCCUGUCCUAGGACCACCCCAUGAGAGGAAAAGAAAGUACAAAUCAGGUCCCAUGAGUGAAAUGAAACUCUAAAAAAGGACAGCAGGGUCAGACUGCCCAGGGCCUGAGAAAUCUGAGAAAAGGCCAAAUUCUCAGGCUGUGACACUAGGGAGUCCAGCUGGAAAGGGACUUGGUCCCACAAACAUAGUUCAGCAAACAGUGGGCAGGCCUCUGAAUCGGGUGGCAAGCAUUAGCCCCGGCCCCACUUUGGCCUUAGCAGAGCAAUAUUGCACAAUGGAAGGGCCUGGGUUCUUUUGACACUUUGGUCCCUUCUGCUCAGUCAGCCGUGGCAAUGUAGACUGGUCCUGGUCAGGGCUGCGGGCCUCACGUUUCCUACUUGGUUCAGCUAGACCAUAAGUCUUUCAGAAUUUUUUCCCAGAAUGUGCAAAAAGCAGUGCCUUCUUCCUCCCAGGGGAUGUUUUCCAAUCAAUUCUUCUCAUCAAUCUUUCCUGCUAAUAUUCUAUUUCUGAAGUCAGUGAAGGCUUGUAGGAACCCAAGUAAGGAUGGUAAAAAUGUGGCACUUGCUCCAGUUACUCAGUCUUGCAUGCAGCCUCUGAAUCGCACCUUUCCGGCCACCUACUUCUGCCCUUCCUUGGGGCGGGACAUUCACCUUUCAGCAGAAGAAUUGCUAGUGUCGACCAGAUCUGCCUCACUCUACACUAGGGUCUUUCAAGUAUGAUCUGAUUUUUCAAGAGGCUAAAAUACACAAUAAUUUAUUAAGGUUGUCCAUGUUCUCCCUUCUUUAGUCUUCAGGGUGAAAACCUUUGUUACAAUGCGCUGGGUUGCUGGGCCCUCUCAGCUUCCACUUGUUGCUCUAGUCCUCAAGAGGAGCCUGGACAGGAGGAGCUCUGCAGUUAUGUCAUCACCUUUUUUUUUUUUUUUCCUAGCUUUCUCGAAUAGAAAUUACUGGGCAUUUUAUACGUUGCCCUAGAUGAGACUAUCAGAAAACUUGGUCUGUUGAGAGGACCGCUGCUGCUUUUACCAGAAACACUAGCUGUAGGCAAAAAGUAGUUUGAAUUUCCUUUAGGAGGCAUUAAUGCCACAUUCAGAAAGUAGAGAUAUAUUUUUCAAGUGUUCACCAAGAAAUCCUUAAGUUACUCAUCUCUUAGCCUUGGGAACUUUUAACUUUCGCAGCCAGAGCAAAUGAAAAACACAGGUCAGAGACAAUCACUACUUGGCUGCAGAACCUGCUACCAUGGCGCCCCCCACCCCUCAGCUCUACCCUAAGUGGCUUUGGUGUUAAUGUUUUGUAUGGCACUUUGGAAACGACUGUCCUUUCUUUAAGCUGCUGUUUGUGUUGGCAUUUUGUUGUUUUGGGUUUUUUUUUUUUUUAAAUCAGAACUGGAUGACCUUCCCCCUAACAUACACCCAGGGGCUAAAAGAUUUGGGUGUGGUGUGGUGGAAGCUCAGGGGUGGUACUGAUGUUUACCACCCUUGCCCUAAGACACUGUACCUGAAACUUCAGACCCCAUUUGGGCAGUUUAAUUGCAACCCAGCAACCAGCUGGUGUGGGUGGGAGGGUCUCCUUAUGGAUUGUACAAUCAGGCUGCUUCCGGUUCCAAGGGAGGUCUACAGUUCCCUUCUCUGCCUCAAAGGUCAGGCAGGCCCUUGGCUCAAUGAGGGUCUCUGUUUUCUCACUAACCUUUUAAAUGACAAUAUUUCUGCUCUCCUAUUAGUACAGUCCAUGGAAGCAAACACUAAUUUUUAAUAAAAUCCUGUUAUACUGUAAA